AUGUUCUUCUCAAAAAGCAAAGACGAGUCGGUUUCGGCGGCGACUAAGGCACCAACAUCAUCAGCAUCGACAUCAUCAGCAGCACCCGCACCCGCACCCGAAACCGCUCACGUUCUUCCGACGGCUCCUGCUUCGUCGAGCUACAAUGAAGCUGAAUGGCAGACGAAAGGUGCUGCUGGACUGGGUGCCAUCUCGUCCAUGUCACCAGAAUGCACACCUCUCAAGCACCGGUACGACUCUUGCUUCAAUCUCUGGUUCAAGGACUACUUGGCAAUAGGCGACGACCAGAUUCGAGAACAGCAGCGACAGAGCGAGGCAUCGUCCAGUGGUACAGCAUCACCAGCAUCAGAAAGCUCUGCAGGCAAGAAGAAAUCUGGCUGGUUCUCGGAUUCUUCGUCGUCUUGGUCGGCCUCAACAAGUGCAGCCUCAUCAGCCGAAUCCGAUCUCGAGACAAGAAAGCGUGCGAUCAUGGAGCGUUACGACCAGGACUGUGGCAAGCUCUUCAAGGACUACCAGGCUUGUAAAGCUGUUACAGAGCGUGGACUGGAGGAUCUGAUCGGACAAGCACGCAAAGAAAACCCUUUCCCCUUCGACCAUCAACGUCAAUCGGAUCCCCGAGCUAACAACCCGCCGUUCCCUUUCCCUGCUGCAAGAGACUAA